CUUUUGGUCACAUGAGAGGAACUUUAUCAGUCACUUCAACGCACUUCAAUAUAUAUAUGUAUGUAUGUAUUUGUGGAUGUAUGUAUGUUUGAUUUCCCAAAAUACACCUAAUACCAAAAGUAGACUACACAUUUUCAAUACAUUUCUGUUUUCUCUCUCACUCACAAAUUCCAUUUCUCUUUUGCUCUGCUCCAGUGACGAAAAUCAUCAAUUUUUUUUUUCUGUAUUGAGAUUCAUGUCGGAGAAGGGUCGACCAUUGCCGAAGUUUGGUGAAUGGGACGUCAAUGACCCAGCUUCUGCAGAAGGAUUUACUGUGAUUUUCAACAAGGCUAGGGAUGAGAAAAAAACUGGUGGCAAGCCAGAGUCACCAACAAAGGCUGAUGGUAAUAGAAAGGAAGGAGAAGAACCUUUAAAACCUCAAACCAAAAAAUGGUUUUGCUGUAUGCAGAGCCCUCAUGCAGAAUCUUGACGAGGUUCGCUGUAAAAGUUGAAUAUAAGUCUGCAUAUUCAUAAUGAACCCUGCAAACUUCUUUUGGAUUGGUGCUGCUGGAGACUGAGGCAUUGCUCAUGUUCCCUUUUGUCUUGUAAAACUUGUGUUAUACUUGUUGGGGGACAAAAUGUGAAAGACAAAAUGUUGGAUGUACCUAUAUAUGUUGUAUCUUUUUAUUUUUACAUUUAGCAGACAAGUAGUCUGCUUGUUUUCACAUAUUGUUGUGGUUUGUAAAGCAACCUUUCAAUCGUAAAUUUCUGUUAAUUUCUUGAGAUUCA